CAGACGGCGCCGUGUUGACACUGGAGAGGAGCAGAGAAGAAUGAAGACAUGAAAACUAUUUGACGGAGAUGUUGCUGAUGGUCUGAACUCGGAACUCUCAGGAUGCAGCACUUGUCGCUCCACACAGAAUGAGUCAUCAUGAAGAGACCAAAGCUGGCUGGAGUUUUCCUCUGCGUGGGCUGCUUGCUCGCCUACCUCAUGUUCGUGAAGCGGCAUUACAGCGCAUCAAAGCCUGAGGCCUACAGACUACCUCCCCAUGCCAGCCCCAGCUCAAACAAGCUCAGCGAUGAUCGACCCGCAUCCCACAUCCAGUUUCAGUAUGGCAUCAUGUUUGAUGCUGGGAGCACUGGGACAAGAAUUCACAUCUUCAAGUUCCAGAUAGAGAACAAAGAAGCUCCUAAACUGAACCAUGAGACAUUCAGAGCCAUCAAACCUGGACUGUCUGCAUACGCUGAUGAUCCAGAGCAGUGUAUGGCAGGAAUCGUUGAGCUUCUGGAGGUGGCCAAGUCCAGCAUCCCCUCCUCAGUCUGGAAUGUCACCCCUGUGGUUCUGAAGGCCACAGCCGGCCUCCGCCUGCUGCCUGGAGAGAAGGCCAAACACCUGCUGGACCAGGUGCAGGCAGUGUUUCUGAAGUCUCCGUUUUUGUCGAGAGAUGACUGCGUCUCGAUUAUGGAUGGCACUGACGAAGGGAUUUCUGCCUGGAUUACUGUCAACUUCCUAACUGGUGAUCUUCACGGUGCUGACUCGCCCACGGUGGGGAUGUUGGAUUUGGGGGGUGGCUCAACUCAGAUCACCUUCAGCCCUCAGGAUGAGAAAACCAUUCAGACCUCCCCCUUCGACUAUAUCAGGUCCUUCCAGAUGUUCAACAACACAUACACUGUCUACACCCACAGUUAUCUGGGUCUGGGUCUGAUGUCGGCUCGACUCGCCAUCUUAGGAGGAGUGGAAGCCUCCCCCUUAGGGGGCAGUACAGAGCUGGUCAGCCCGUGCCUUGCUCCAGAGUACUCGGGCAGUUGGGAGCACGCUGACAUUGUGUACACUGUAAAGGGACAGAAAGCAGGGGAGCCAGUUUACGAGGCGUGUCUGACCAAAGUGGAGAAGGUUCUGUACAGAAAGGUGAUGAAGGCGUCUGAGGCAGCUGACAUGGACUUCUACGCCUUCUCCUACUACUAUGACCGCGCUGUCGACCUGGGAAUCAUCGAGGAGAAGUCAGGAGGAACCGUUCAGGUUUCAGAUUACAUCAAUGCAGCUAUAAGAGUGUGUAGCAGUCUGUCCACCAGUCCUCCACAGAGUCCCUUUCUCUGUCUGGACCUGGUCUACAUCUCAGUCCUGCUGCAGGAGCUCGGAUUCCCCCAACAAAAACAGUUUAAGCUGGCGAGGACGAUCGACCAGGUGGAAACCAGUUGGGCUCUGGGAGCGACUUUUCAUUACAUCGAGUCAUUGAAGAGACACUGAAGCUUUUGUUAUGAAAAGCCUCACUAUCACACGUAUCAUAUAUCCUGAGGAGAUCCUCGACUUCCUGAAGAUCCCCAGACUCAUUGUGACCUCACACAGUACCAAAAAAAACCUCCUGCGCCCUUACCUUUGUGGACAAACUCCUGAACCUCUACUGCUAUUGGCUGGUCAUAGAUGAUGUCACUCUGAACCCAAUGCAGAUCCAAGGAAAACCUGUACCUAAAUGUAAAAAUGAAGAUACUGUCAUGCUCAGAACUACAAUGAAAGUGCAAAUCCUUAACCCAAUAUUCUUUGACUUUCUCAGUACCUGUUCAGACUUAAAGGGGCGUUCCCAAGAAUUUUUAAAUCGAGAACUUAUUUGUGACAGCACAUGAGCGCCCAAUCACCUACUGCCAAAGACCAUCCCACAGCCCAUACUGAGGUACCUGCACUUUGCAUGAUAUCACAUCUGACCAGCCAAUCAGAUACUCUACUACAGCUUCACAAACUCAUCAGGUUGACUUGGCUGCAGUGAGAUUCAUAUCUAAGCUUUUGUUUUUUUUUAACAAACUGACCUCAUGGAAACACUCCUCAAUACAAACGGUGAUCCUCUGUCAGCUGCACAUUAUCAGUUUAUAAUGAGUCCAGUGGCUCUUAGUAUCUCUACUUUUAUUUAUCACUCUAGUAUUACAAUCCUUUGAUACUUUGUUGUGAAGGUUGAAAGUCGCAUGUUUUACUUUUAAUCUGUUGACAGUUUGUACUUAUGAUGAAUGUUGGUGCCAAAAAUAUGAGCAGUUUCAGACAACAGUUCUUGCCAGAAUCUUAUGAGGGAGAAACACAGGCAUAUAUAUACAGUAUACCAAAAAUAUAUUCAUUAUACUGAGUAGAUGAGAGAAGUGGGUUUGGAUUGACUGACAACUUCCCCCUUUUUCACCCCUCAGCAGAUAAUCUUGAACGGUGAAUAGAAAAGGGCUAAUAGUUUAAAUCUAAUGUUAGGAGUUUUUUUUAGCUAGGUAUGAAACAGACUGAUAUUUAUACUGAUGCCUCUAAAUGAGCUACAAACAAGAACAUCUGAGAGAUUAAUUAUUUCUAUAUUGUUAUUAUUCAUGUCUGAGACGCUUGCCGCAGGGUCCGAUGAAGUGAAACUGCCUUUUUUAAAUAUAUUUUCCACAGCAAAAAUGAGUGAGUGAUAUGUUUUACUAUUAACGGAAAGCAAAAUAGGAAUUUUGUACAGGGCUAAAUAUGAAAAGAUAUUAAAGGUACCAUUUCCUCCACAGGGGGGAUGCCAAAAUUGACAAAGUGAUUAUUCAACUGUUCAGUAGUUAUCUCUGGGAUUAUUUCUUCUAUAAAAUUAGCUUCAUUUCAUGUUCAAACCAGCUGUACAGACGGAGUCCUUCUUGUAUGGUACAAGUGUUUGUGACGUGAUGGUGAUCACAUAUCAGACAGACCGUCAGAAGGAAGUGGUUCAUCUAAGAUGAACAACUGAGUUUGUUUGAUCAUCUGAAACAUACGUUCACAUCUGACCUCAUGAUGUUAAACUUGAUCUGUUUGUAUCGACAGCGACUCUGAUUGUUUUCUAAUCUGAAGGCUCUCCUGUUUUUACAUUUGUGUGUUGGAUCGGUACGAAACCUGCAAUAAACAAAUAUGAAUGUGUUCCUGAA